AUGAAUAAUUACAAAAAUGUGAAUAAUACACGCUAUGGCAAUGCAGACAUCAACCGAAAACUCUCGAAUCACACAAUCGACCCCACUGCAAAUAAUCCUGUAUAAGUGGGUUCAUUUGAUUUCUCAAAUCCAUUAUCUUUGAGACGACCAUCUGUGAUAGAUGAAGAGACAUACUAGAAAAUUUAGCAAAUGAAAUCCAUGUUUUAAAACGAAGAAGAUCAAGAUCAAGAUAGUGGCUAUGAUGUUAGCUCUCCUGAUGAAGAUAUGAUAACCAAUACUAAGAAAUAAACGCAUCUGCCUUCCUUUAUGCGCUAAAGAAUACAAAGAAAAGAGAGUAAAAACUUUUAAAAAAUUAACAGCAAGCCAACAUGUUGUUCAUUUAAGGACAUUACGAUUCUGGAAAAAUUAAGUAAGCAUGGAGGUGAAAUCAAAGAUAAUUUGACUAUUAAAUCUUAAAAUUUACCUUAGAAAAAUUGGAAAAAGGUAAAAACAAGAGUCAUUUAGCACCUUAAAAUGAAGAGAAUGGUUGAUUACUUGAGUACUAAUAAGGACGAUGACAGAAGAGACUCAGAUGAAGAUCAGCCGUCGAGAUGUGAUAGACUAAUGAUAAAUCCUAACAAUAAGAAAUUGAAGUAUUGGAAUUACUUAAUUUCGAUAAUAAUACUUAUUGACAUAAUAUAUGUCAUCAUCGUAUCUUUUGCUCAUGACUAUGGUCAUCAUAUGAUAUCAGUCCUUGACUUUACUUUUAUACCUUUUGGAAUGGAUUUUAUGCUCAAUUUCUUCAAGAUGUAUUAUUAAGAUGUGAAUUUGAUCAAGAGACCUCGCCAUAUUUAGAUAAAUUAUCUCAAACUGAUUAUCGUGCUUGCAUACAUGUGCCACUUCUUAGCAAGCUUCUGGGUAUAUAUUGGAUUAGUUGGAGAAGAAUAGCAAACUGGCUGGAUUGUCAGACUGUAACUUAAUGGUAUCAUUCAUAAAGAUCCUGCAUCAGAGUACAUAGCAGCUAUUUAUUACAUAUUCGCUACGCUUUCUACUGUUGGAUUUGGAGAUGUGGUUGGAAUAGAUCUGUGGGAGUAUUGCUUUUAAAUUCUUGUUUAAGUAAGAUUUUACCUUCUAAAUCAAGAUUAGAUUAUUGGUAUUGGAUUUUUUGCAUAUAUCAUGGGUAAUCUGCACAACUUGCUCGCGAGCUUUAGCCACAAAGAUGCUCAUAAUUUUCAAGUAUAUCAUAAGUUUAUAGUCGGUUUUCAGGACGAAGGAUUAGAUCAGUGGCUCAUUCAGUUGGACCGUGCCUACAAGGAAAAGAUUCUAGAUUAAGAGGUUUUUAUGCAGACUCAAAAAUUUUUCAGAUAAUAUGAUUCUAAGGCCCUCAAUACUCUAAGGAAGUCUCCUUUUUUCAUUCAACUCAAACCAAGAAUCUAGAAAACGUUGACAGAUGUUAUAUUCGAGGAAUUUUAUGACAUAUUUGAGGUGAUUUUUGACGGUCUGGAGGAGGGAUUCAGAAGGAAAAUAUGCCAAUGCAUGAAAUUCAAACUCUUUUAAAAGUAAUAUAUCGAUAAUUCUUCACUUGUUUACGAUAGACCGAUUCCAAGGAAAAAUAAGCAAAAUACAUUUUUCGAAUAUGGGCCCAAGAUAUUUGAAAAGAACAACAUUGUAAAAAAAGUUUACUUCAUUCUGAGAGGAACAGUGCAUCUAACCAAUGAAAGUGGAGCUUAUGAUGAAGAAGCUGAGCCUCUCUAGAUUAUGACAGUUAGCAAAAAGAAAUUUCUUUAAGUUUGUGAUGAAUACCCUCAAAUCAAAGUAAUGAAGUCCUUAGUAAGAUCUUAUCAUUAUAAUAAGCAAUCACCAAUUAUUGAGAAAUCUUUCAUAAACAGGCAGAAGCAAGUUGUGUCAAUUUACAAAGCACUUUUAAAUCAUUACUUUCUGAUGGCUGCUAACUACAAAUAAAUAAAGACAUCACUAUAGUCAAUUAGAGAGAAUUAUCAGGAUUCCUCAAGUCAAAGAGGAGAUGAUACCCACAAAUUUUCGAAUCAUUUGAAUCCAGGAGGUACACACAAUAACUAGACUAGCAAUGGAUAAAAUUUAGAAUUUGAAACUAAAAUGGGAACUCACAAGAUUCAAGUUGAAGCCAUUGACAUUUAAUAGGAAAAUAUAGAGCAUAAUAGAAUCCCCCAUUUAAGACCAAGAUUAUCCCACUAAGAGUUAGGAAUCAAACCAAUCUAUUAGACAGAUAUGGAAGUUCCUUUGACGGAUGCAAAAGAAUUCUUUAAAAAGAAGUUGUCAUAGAUGGUCGAAGAAGAUUUAAGUUAUCAGAAUGAGUCUCCAAAAAAGAUGUCAGGAGCUUAGGUAAUUGAGAAUAUGAAAUCUGUAUCAGAUUCAUCCGACAACAAUUAGUAGUUGGGCCAUGUUUAGACUGAAGAAAAGUAAUAAGAAAAGGUCUAAUUUAUCACAAUGGAGCCUUAAGUUAAGCUUUAGGGCUCUUUAAAUAUCUAAAAGCAAAAGUCAAACUUCUUCAAGUUCACUAAAUAAGAGAAGCGAUCAAGACAUGUGAGGGAAAGUUCAGAUCAGUUACAUAUAAUUGAGUAUAACGAGAAUGACAGUUUGAAUGAGCACAAUAAAUCAAUAUCAGCAUAUAUGAUGGGCAGUUAAAUAAACAUAGAUUACAGAGGAAACGAAGAUGCUAAUGUGAUUAUAGAUUCAUAACAUACUAUUGGAAAUGAAAGAUAGUCAACAGAGAGAGAACUUAUUACUGAGCCAAAGAUGCUUGCUAAUGGAGCUAUAAUGCAAGAACAACUGUAGAUUCUAAGAAUUAGUGAUUCAGAUGAGGAAAUAAAGAGUGUUCAUUCAUAAAGCCAUUAACAUAGCAUUCCAGCAUAUUAACCUUCUUAAAGAAAGAAUGAUGAAUUAGAAUCUUAAACUAAUAAAAGAAGAGGUGCUAAAUACAAAAACUACAAGCAGAAUAGUCAGAGCAAGGAAAUCAUUCAAAAUGAAUUGCUAAAGUAGGAGAGAAAUCUUUAGAGAAUGCUGAGAGGUUAGGGCUAAUUUUUACCUUUUGAUAUUUACAAAAACGAAAUCGUAUGUGAGUAUCUUUACAACUCUGAAGAUGAAUUCAGAUAUGGAAUGGGGCAUGAUUUGAAGUCUGAGAGACAGGUGAACGUAGAAAGAAAAUUGAAUAAAUACUGUAAUAAAGUUAAUGAGGAGAUUAGAAGGAUGAAGAGGCAAAAUGAUGAAAAUAAGAUGAAACUUAUUGAAAAACUAUACAAGCUAAAGCUUGCAAAUUUUAGUCUCAAAUAAACUCCAGUAUCAAGGAAUAAGAUAAACCAUUUGAUACCCUAAUGA